CAGCCGCACCUCUCUAUUACAAUCGCUGGUAUAAUUGCCAAGGGACCUAUGAAGAUGAACAACGAUGCUUGCGCAGACUAUCAAGAGUUUGUGGAUUAUGCAUGCGGGGCACAUUGCCUCAUGUCUCACUUCGUAUCACAGGCUAAGUAGGUAUCCGUACAAUGACUAAGGCUCGUAAUCUUAGUACCCGUUCAAGAUCGCACAAGAUCACACAAGACCGCCAGCGAAGGUCUUUUUGAACGAACUGUCUUCAGUCCUCAUGGUCUGAUGCAGGUGCACUCUUAUCCCCACUUUUCUAGGCAAUACGGACGGUUCAUAGAUGCGUAUGGUGUGCAGCCUUGCGAUGUAAGAAUGAUGCUGCCAGCACAUACAUAUGCACGGCUCCAUGCAGAAUGCUGGCUCACCGACCACCUGGGGAGUCUCGGACACGAUGCACACUUGCCUUGCAGCUCGGGCCGUCUGUACGCCAGCUUGCCUGCUCGGAACCCAUGGUACCCCGUGGAUGAAAGAUACCGACUCUGAUGGCACCCUUAGACGUGUCAGUAUCUCCAAGUGUAGCUAUAAGUACAUUAAUCCCCGUCGCAAAAAAGCUCCAAGCCACAGAAGCCGUACGCUCUUUCACUGGUUCUACAAGCUACAAUAUAUCACUAUCAAAUUUCCGAAUCUACUACUUCAGGUUCUCAUUAUGCCCGCACUAGUUGCUCCACAGUCUAUGCCUUCCGCCCAAGGACAUUGGGCUCAGCGGCUUAGAGAGCACUGCAGCGUUCGAAAGCUGGGCGACCCGACCUGGCAGGAUGUUAGCGACCGUAGAGGAGGUCGGACAGCCUGGAGUAGCAUCGUAUUAAUUCAAGGCGCACAGUACUCAGCUCGAUUCUGGUACUCAGGAGAGCGACUUGAACAGGCACGCGAAGACGCAGCGGAGAUGGCCCUCCGUAACCUGACGGGAUACACCAAACCUAACCAACAACCUCCACCAGCCAGCUACUAUCUUCAAACUGCGUAGAAAGUUGGAUGAUCUGGAACAUGGGGCGAACGCGAGACGCCGAGGGUGUCGGUUAUGCUGCAAUAUUGUAUCUUCUACGUUCUGGACUUGUAGGAGUAUGGGCGAAUCCUUUAAUUUUCCAUUCCUGUGGCCCUUCGAAACAUUGCUAGAGAGAGAUAAGAAAGGUUGAUGGAGCUGUCGUUUUCGUAGGACUGAUAUGUUGUCUAGGCCAGUGAGUGAUGGAGU